GUGAGCUGUGAUUGGUCACAGCUUGUCACAUGGUACAAGGCUGUUGUGAAUAGCCUUGUACCAUGUGACCUCUGUGAUCAUUCACAGAUUUCACACGUAGUAAGCAAUGAUGUCACAAGUGACAUCUUGCUUACUACUUUGCAUGUGAUCACUGAUUCGCCAAUCAGUGAUCACAUGACCGGGACCUCGUACAGAGGUCCCGUCCGACGAUCGGCUUUACACUGGUGGCUUUAUAUAUAUUCUUUUAGUGGUGCUGCAGCUGACUACUAUAAUAACAUUGCAAUAUUUUCUGUUCAA